CGGCAAGACGCUUUGUCUAGGAACUUGCGUGCGCAAAAUGGCGGACUUAGCAAGGAACAACGACGCUGGGAAAGAAAACCAAGAGAAGUCUUUUCCUUUACCCGAGAUAGGGGACCAUUACUUAGUGAAGAGGUCCGACAAUGCACUACAUGCAGCGGAAAUCAUUCAAAUACGACAAAAUGAAAGCGGUGGUCAAGAGUUAUAUGUUCAUUAUGAAGGAUUUGACAGGCGACUCGAUGAAUGGGUUGAACUGGAAAGGUUUGAUUUGUCAUCGAAACUUGAAGACCCACAGAGUAAAACUGGUGAGCUGACGAUAUUACUGACAGAUUUCACGGAUGGAACGGACCGUAAGAUCACCAGGAAUCAGAAGCGCAAACAUGACGAAAUCAAUCAUGUGCAGAAGACGUUUGCUGAAAUGGAUCCCACAACGGCAGCCCUGGAGAAAGAGCAUGAGGCGAUCACUAAGAUCAAAUAUAUCGACAAAAUCCAGUUUGGAAAGUAUGAGAUAGACGCCUGGUACUUCUCACCCUACCCAGAGGAGUACGGCAAGUUGAGCAAGCUGUGGCUCUGUGAAUUCUGCCUCAAGUACAUGAAGCUGGAGAAAUCUUUCCGAUACCAUCAGUCACAGUGCACAUGGCGACAUCCCCCGGGAAAGGAAAUCUAUCGCAAGGGUACGAUCUCGGUGUUUGAGGUGGACGGCAAAGACUGGAAGAUCUACUGCCAGAACCUGUGUCUGCUGGCCAAGCUGUUCCUGGACCACAAGACCUUGUACUUUGACGUGGAGCCCUUCAUGUUCUACAUCCUGGUGGAGGUCGACCGCUACGGCUGUCACCUCGUGGGAUAUUUCUCCAAAGAGAAAGAAUCUCCCGACGGAAAUAACUUGGCCUGUAUUCUGACCCUCCCCCCGCACCAGCGUAAAGGCUACGGGAAGUUUCUCAUCGCUCUCAGCUAUGAGCUCUCCAUCAUCGAGGGUGUGGUGGGGUCUCCGGAAAAACCGUUGUCGGACUUGGGCAAGCUCAGCUACCGAAGUUACUGGACGUCGGUCCUGCUCGACUGCAUCCACCGCCUGGGGGUCAAGGUCAGCAUGAGGGAACUGGAGAAAAUGACCUCGAUAUCGUACACAGACGUGGUGAGCACGCUGCAGUCGCUGAACCUGAUCAAGUACUGGAAGGGCAGCCACAUCCUGUGCGUGACCCCGCGCUCCAUCGAGGAGCUGCACCAGAAGGUUCACAAACGACCCACGCUCACCGUGGAGCCCAACUGUCUGAGGUGGGAGAAACCCACGCAGAGACCGCCGGUCAAACUGGCCAAGCGAUGACCGGGGAGAGAAAUGGAACAUUGUUCCAGCUUAAGUGUUUGGGGAUAAGACAAACCCACACAAGGACUGGCUGUCAGAAUUGUCAAAUGAUGAUAAGCGACACUCUAUGUGCCAGCCAGACUAUCUGAGGUGGGAGAAUUCUUCGCAGUGACAACUGGUCAAACUGGGUGAGAGAUGACCAGUGGCAACAACAGGAACAUUCUGAGUGUGACUGACCUGUCAUUGGUGGAUAAAGGCUGAUUUAGUGAACUGAAACAAGAGCUCGUUCUUCACCCUACCGUGGGGCGCAAACAGCACUUUACUCUGACAGAGGUCUACUUGUGUUGGUUCAAAGACUUAUGGUUGCUCACGAUUGAUAUUUGUCGUGUACAAAUUUCAUGUAAAGUUAUUUUAUGUGUUUUUUUAAAUUUCAGAUGAUCUUUUGUCAUGCCUUGUUAAAAAUGUAUAUAAAUAUAAAUAUGUACUUUGCUCAUCUUUUACUCUUCAGUUACCUUUUUACUCUUUUUGUUAUUUCAUCAUUUGCCUCUGUUAACAUACGAGAAUUCAUUUAUAAGGACUAAGGCCGCAACCAGACUGCGGAUGGCGCUGGUCUGGGGCUGGCCCGGGGCUGGUGGCUGGGCAAUAAAUCACGUGUAAUUAUACAGUGCCAGCCAGACCGAAGAUGGUGGAGGUCCAGCCUCGCGCCUCACCUGUCCGUGGCGCCAGGCCUGAUAGUGCAUGCUCUAUUUUUUCGUAGCCCUAGGCUUGUAGUAGCAGUUCCGAUUCAGCAUUCGUUUUGGCAUUUUGACAACAUUUACGGACAGGUUUAACAAAAUUGUUAAAUAUAUUGAAAUAAUGCAUUGGUUGCAACCUUAUUCGAUACAAAUUUAGUGGAUUUUAGGUAAAAUACGUCUUUAUUUCACGAUUUUACGGAUUUUAUACGAUGACCUACUUUCAUCUCCGGCUAGGCGAAGACUUCGUAACGUUUUCGUGACUUCAAACGUUGUUUGCCGAUAUGUGAGUGAAUAUUUUCUGUAUGGUUUUGAUAACCGAUGGAUUAGUUAAUGUAGGCAGGGGAUUGUAGGUCUAGCUAGGUGUAGUUCUAGAUAUAUAUAGAAAUAGUUGUUGGGCCCUGAACGGUUGAAGCCAAGUUGAUAGACGUGUAAUAUUGUAGCCUAGUACUAGGCCUAGGCCUACAUGUAGUAGUAGUGGGUAUAUUUCAUGUGUAAUUAAAAAACUUCUCCUCGUCAUCACACAGUUGGGGAUACGGUCUACAUAAAAUUCCUCUUUAGUUCCUUUUGGCGUUGAAAGGGGGGUGAAUCCAUGAUCUUUUCUUUUGCGAUAGCUUCUUCAAAAGAAGAAAAACAUUUAUGGUUUCUUCAUCGUCAGAAUGACUUUUAGAGAAGACGAAGAUAACGCAGUUUAAAUGAAAAACACAAGAUGCAGGAACUGAAACUGAAACGACACGUGUGUAGGCCUAAACUAUUUCUCAGGAAAAAGAAUGUUAACACAGGAGACACGAAUCAACGACCUACGUCCUCCUAGUUCUAGCCCCAGCCCCAGCCCCAGCCCAGCCCCAGCUGAACACACCAGCACUGGCACCAUGACUGGUGCACCACCAGCCCCCUGACCUAGGCCAGCCCCAGGCCAACGCCAUCCGCAGUCUGGCUGCGGCCUUAAGGAAUAGCAAGAACUUAGGAUUGACUAGACAGUUCUUGAUUCCUGUUUUGUUUUGUGUUUAUCUAUUUAUUCAUCUUUUCCUAUAAACAGAAUACAGGGAUUACAAGACUUGCUAUAUAUUUGAAAUUUCAGUACCGUAGCGAAAGAAUUUUAAUUCAUUGGAACUUAAAGAACAAGAAGUAUGCCCAUGGGGUGAUGUAACCAUCAAUGCAUGCGACUCGGGUCAUUUGGUCGCUGGGCUGAUCACUUGCUGGACUUUUAGUGUGUUAUACAUGCUGUCCCCUCUCUUCUUUCCUGUAGUCACGGUAGCAGUAGGAGUAUAAUGGAUGAUCAUGUUGAUAAUGACCUUCUGUGUCUUUUUUUUGUUGCACAGCAGAAAUAUGGGUCUAACUUUUUAUUCAUCUUUUGAUUAAAUUGAGGGAACUACCGAUGUUGUUAGUUGUCUGAAAAGAUGGAACAGAUUUUUGUAGUGAAAGCAAUAUUGUUGUGAAAUUCAUCAAAAGAAGAGAAUUAAAUGUUGAAAUUUGACAUGCUUUCCGUAUCAAUCUAUUCAGUUUUGCAUUAUUUUAGUAUCUUGUGUUUCCAGCUCACGCUGUCAUACAGAAAGUAUUCAUAUUCUCUGCUUUCUCUCUCUCUCUCUCUCUCUCUCUCUCUUUCUCUCUCUCUCUCUCUCUCUGUCUCUCUCUCUCUCCGACUGUGUGUGUGUGUGAGUAUGGUUUGAUAACUUUUCAGACAUGAUGGAAUGUCAUUGAAUGCCUCAGUUAUGCUGGCCUUGGCAUUUCGGCCAAAACAGAUAGUCACUUCUGGGUCUGAGCUGAGGGUUUACAUCUACUAAAAGAAUUUACAGAGGAUAGGCAAUUCAUACUUCUUUCUUUGAGUCUUGUGUAAGUGGAGUUUUUUUUGUACUUAAAGUUUUGAUACCAUCAAAUGUACAUUUUUUAAAAUUGUUGUUUUUUUUUUGGUGCGAUAUUCUUUCUUGGUUUUUCUUCUUAUCAGUGCACAAUUUUUGGACCAUGUCAACUUUUUUGAAGAACAUGAAGUGGCAAAUGAAUUGAAAAUCAAAAUGUAUUGUUGUUUGUGUUAAAGAUCUCAAUGUUUCGUUUGUGUUGUUUAAUUUUUUAACCCAUUCUUGUGAGGUGAAGGUUGGUGCUGUGUACAUUAAGAAAUAAAAUUUGUGAAAGUA